AGAAGGGCGCGAGAUAGAAAUCCAGGAGCGCGGAGAAGUCGAGCGCUGCGCUCCAGCUGGUCCCAGGCUUCUACGUUUCCACUCAACACACCAACAAAGAGCCUCCAUCACUACCAUCACGACCGGAAUAUAAAGGCACCAAACAGGCGGAAUUCAACGAAAUAACACCGAAUAUAGACGCACAUGACGUUCAGGGGCAGCAGGACAUUUCAUCGUCGCACCGUAAACAACAAAAACAGAGGGAAAUGUCCUGGUGGCCGCGCGGUGAUGAUGGAGAGGAGGCCAUGCAUCAAGACACUGACUCUGAUGUGGCAGAGCAGAGGGACGGUGGGAAAGUGAAGGUGAAAUGGACACAAGAGGAGGAUGAGAAGCUCAGGGCUCUGGUUCAAAAACUGGGACCAAAUGAUUGGAAAUAUAUUGCCAGCCACAUACCAAAUCACUCUGAACACCAGUGUCAGCACCGUUGGUUUAAGGUCUUGGAUCCAGAAUUGGUGAAGGGUCCCUGGACCAAAGAGGAGGAUGAGAAGGUUAUUGAGCUUGUAAAUCGCUACGGCAACAAACAGUGGGCAACGGUAGCCAAGCAUCUGAAAGGCAGACUGGGGAAGCAGUGCAGAGAGCGCUGGCACAACCACCUGAAUCCCAGCGUUAAGAAGUCGUCAUGGACAGCCGAGGAGGAUCUCAUCAUCUACAAGGCUCACCGCCUGCUCGGGAACCGCUGGGCUGAGAUUGCCAAGUUGCUCCCUGGAAGAACGGACAAUGCAGUAAAGAAUCACUGGAAUUCGACCAUCAAACGCAAGUUGGAGAUGGGUUUCUAUGCCGGGGAGGUCUUUAAGCCAGAUGAACUCGAAGAGCUGUUGGCCCGUGUUAAUAAAGAUGUACAGAUGCCUAGUUGCUCUCAAGAUGGUGCAGACAAGGACUCAGAGCAGAGAACACAUCCUUCAUUGCAGGAAAUGCCAGGCUCAGCGUCUGUUAAAGCCAGCCCCAGCAAAGCAGGGCCAUCAAAGGCCGCCCUCUCCCCAAAGGACAGCUUAAGUCCUAAGACUGAAGCAGACACCUCAGGAGAAAUGAACUGUUCCAGCUGGGUGGUGGACAGCUCUGGCUUUCUCUCCCCUACUGGCCCAGGACUGAAGGAAGUACUGGACAUGGUGGACGGGGACCUGGAUGGCUGGUGCAACCUAGCAGCCUUUGACCUGCCUGAGGACAGUCCGAGUCCAGAACGCCACCAGUUUCGUCUGGAAGGCAGUGCCUUGCAGGAGUUGAGCAAAGGCAGCAAGGGGGAACUCAUCCCCAUCUCUCCUGGAGGGGUCACACCGCCCUCCAUUCUGAACCGCCGAAGCCGGAGACGCAUCGCCUUAUCUCCCGAUGCCAGUAACUCCAUGACUCCGAAGAGCACUCCUGUUAAGAUUUUACCCUUUUCUCCAUCUCAGUUCCUCAACAUGUGGACCAAGCAGGACACUCAUGACCUGGAGAACCCGUCCCUCACGUCCACACCUGUGUGCAGCCAGAAAGCCAUUGUUACUACACCACUACAGCGAGACAAGACCCCCCUCACUCAGAAGGAAAACUCAGCAUUUGUUACGCCCAACCACAAGUCCGAUCUCUGUACAACCCCUCGAACUCCAACACCGUUCAAAAACGCCAUGGAGAAGUACGGCCCCCUACAGCCUCUGCCUCAGACUCCUAACCUCGAAGACGACAUAAACGAGGUCAUCCUGAGAGAUGCUGGCAUUGACUUGGUUGUUGUACGUUCGACUCCGCCAGAGCAAAGACGCAAAACAAUGCAUCGCCCUCCUAUGAAGAAAGUACGGAAAUCGUUGGCCCUAGAUGUCAUAGACUGCCAGACGAUGCCUACAUCAAAACGCAAAGCCGCCAAGACCGAAGCCAAACACAGCAUCAAGGAAGAACCUGUGAUGGUUUCUCUGAACUCCUCAUCAUUUUGCAGUAAGCAGCAUGAAAAUAUUUUGGAUCAGGGCUUCCUUUUGGGACCUAGUGACAGUGCCAUAUUUCCCAGCACGGUGCCCCCUGUUCCGAUGUCAAAAGAAUGGGAGACGGUUGUUUGCGGACAAACUAAAGACCAGCUCAUAAUGACAGAGAAAGCCAGACGCUACCUUCGCUCACUAAAAUCCCACGCACCCAACCGGGCUCUGAUUCUGUCCUGAGACGUCUCUCAUCCUUUCACCAACAUGUUACACACACAAAGCGCGAUGUUGCUGUUUGUCCCUAACUUUUUGCUGUUGUAAUGUUGGAGAAAAGAACCUGUCAUGUAUAGGUUUAGUACAGUUUUUGAACAAGUCCUUAGUGAUCAGAACCUAAUUUGAGAGAAUGGUGCUUUUAGAUUUAGCCUCACUCUUGUGGCCUUGUGCGAGGCUCGAAGUUAUGAAUCAUAUUUCAUUGUAAUGUUGUCACUUAAGCGUGUUUGAAAAGAACAAUGAAUGUAAAAUGGAAAAAAUCACGGCUAUGUAUCUCUGCUAUCUGAAAAGACAUGGUUUUACAUAACAUAAUGUGUCUGUAAUUUAACAGUGUUUUAAAAGUGUGAAGCGUACAAACACUCAGGUUGAACCUCCAUAUCUAUAUUUGUUCUAUAGCACGAUGUAGUUCUGAUUGUGGAGUAAAUUCAGACAGGUUGAUCAGUAAUGCAUUUAGUGAUGCGCAGUCUAUGUUGAAAUGGUUUAGUAAGAUCUGUUUAGCAUAUGUAUAGAUUUAUUAUAUACAUCUGAAUACACAUUAAAAGUCAGGACCUCAUACAGGGAUAAUUUGACAUCUGAAAAUUUAGUAGUGAAUGCAGCAUACAUCAGUAACACAUCAAGGUGUCUUAUCAUUUAUUAAGAUGCAACAAAGUGAUUAAUACAACUGGGAAAGUUGUUUUUUUAUGCAAUAUUCAAUUAGUUGAGAUGUAAUGGGGGGCAGUGGAAGCUAGAAGUGAAGUAACCUUUGAUGGCAAUGGUAUUAUGUAUCUUGGCACUGUUUGUAAAUAUUUAGAGUUGUAUGUUUUUACUUCGUCAUACAACAUUUUGUUAAGAAAUUUAAUAAAACACAAAUGCUAUUUCCAUUA